AUGGGUGAUGCUUCCCCUAGAAAACGCCCUGCACAUUUAGCUAGCCGGUGGGGUACUCUUCAGAGACAUGAGACAUCUACUAGCUCGAGAAGAACAGAGGUUGAUGGAAUUGGUAAAGUAUGGCAAGAGAUAAAGCGUCCUUCUCAAAGCCAGCUUCAUUCCUUGUCUUUGUUCCUCGGAUAUUCGUAUGUGAAGCUAAGCCAGAAGCACUUUGGUUAUCAUUCUUCUCAUACAGUGCUAAAAUCGAUUCUAUUGGCUAAAAUCACUAAGACUCAACCAACUUGUAUUUUGAGGAAUUAA